AUGGCGAUGGAGAAGUCGAGUUCAAAGUACAGAACACAGUUUUGGUACGUAGCAAUUGCCUCUUUCAUCCUCUGGCUUGUCUUGCUUUACCUUUUCAAUGCCUCCGUGAAAACCGCUCAUAACCACGAGAGAUUGUUCCGGAAAGAAAACGUCAUUGAUCUCCCUGUACACGUCUCACAACAAAACCAUGAAUCCGACCAAACUGUUGUCUCUGACGUCGACAACAUCACUCUUCCUGUUACUACCGGUAAUGAUUCGUCUCAAGAGGUUCAGAUUUCGGAAGACGCCAAGGUUGUGACUGAUCUCGUUGAGGAACUUGAGAAAGAAAACGUUGAGGAUGAGAAGAAGAGAAGUAAUGAUACGGCUUGGAGUCAUUUGUACACGAGGUCUAGGAGAGGACAUCGUGAGUCACGAAGGGCGAGAUCUUCGGACAAGAGAAGGGCUCGCCAUAAUGAUGCUUACAAGAGCAAUGUGGAUAAUAGUGAUGAGAAUCAUCAAUCAUUAGACAAGGAACCGAACUUUCUCGAGCCUAAGAACGAUGUUACAUCAAAUAAAGCGCAAGUUGAUAACAUUAACGAUGUGGAGAUAAGUAAGCAAGGUAAGGAUGAUCUCGAAGGUGAUAACACUGAAGAAAAACCGUCUAAUAACAAUAAUAAUACUUCCAAGGUCACAAGCAGAGUAAACACCAAGAGAAACCGAGCUAAAGUCGUGGCACGGCCAAGAGUAACGCGACGUAACGAUCCAUGUCGUGGAAAAUACGUUUACAUGCACGAAGUUCCAUCUUUAUUCAACGAAGAGCUUCUCAAGAACUGCUGGACGUUGAGUAGGUGGACGGAUAUGUGCGAGUUAACAUCGAACUUUGGAUUAGGCCCUCGUCUACCAAACAUGGAGGGAGUUUCUGGUUGGUUUGCAACGAAUCAAUUCACAUUAGAAGUGAUAUUCCACAACAGGAUGAAGCAGUACAAGUGCUUGACCAAAGACUCGUCUCUUGCUUCGGCUGUGUAUGUUCCUUACUAUCCCGGUUUAGACUUGAUGAGGUUUCUGUGGGGACCGUUCCCUUCUAUGAGAGAUGCGGCGGCGCUUGAUCUGAUGAAGUGGCUGAGGGAGAGGCAAGAGUGGAAGAGAAUGGACGGUCGAGAUCAUUUCAUGGUGGCUGGUCGAACUACUUGGGACUUUAUGCGUACGCCAGAGAAUGAAUCUGAUUGGGGCAACAGGUUAAUGAUCCUACCAGAAAUAAGAAACAUGACGAUGUUACUAAUAGAAUCAAGCCCAUGGAACUACCACGGCUUCGCGGUUCCUUACCCAACCUACUUCCACCCUUCAACCAACGAAGAGAUCCUCCAAUGGCAGAACCGUAUGAGAAGAAUCAAACGUCGUUACCUAUUCUCCUUCGUUGGUGCACCACGUCCAAACCUAGGUGACAGCAUAAGAAGCGAGAUCAUGGACCAAUGCAAAGCGUCCAGAAGAAAAUGCAAGCUUCUUGAAUGCGUCUCGGGCUCCCAAAAAUGCUACAAACCCGACCAGAUCAUGAAGUUCUUCUUAAGCUCAACGUUUUGUCUCCAACCACCUGGUGACUCCUACACUCGACGCUCCACUUUCGACUCGAUUUUAGCUGGUUGUAUACCUGUUUUCUUCCAUCCAGGGUCGGCGUACGCGCAGUACAUUUGGCAUUUACCGAAAGAUAUUGGGAAGUACUCAGUUUUUAUACCGGGGAAGAAUGUUAAAGAUGGUAAAGCGAGUAUAGAGAGGGUUUUGAGUAGGAUUCCGAGGGAGAAAGUUGUGGCGAUGAGAGAAGAAGUGAUAAAGUUGAUACCGAGGUUGAUGUAUUUUAAUCCUUCGGGUAAGAGAGGAGAUGUAGGAAGGUUUGAAGAUGCGUUUGAUGUUGCUGUGGAUGGGGUUUUAGGGAGAGUGGAGGGGUUAAGGAAGAGGAUUGAGGAAGGGAAUGAGGAGGUUUUUGAUUUUCCGGAGAGGUUUUCUUGGAAGUAUAAUGUGUUUGGGAAUGUUGAGAAGCAUGAGUGGGAUUCUUACUUCGAUAGGCGUUGA